ACCAGGCUUCCCUUGCACUGAAUGAGAUGCAGCAAGUUCUGGGAAGAACCAGCCUGUCUGCGUCUCCCUGGUCCUGGGAAGUUUCAAUUCUUCAAGCUGGGCAGGGACUGCGCUCUUGCUAAAACUGCUUCGCCAGCAGAUUCUUCGGUUCUCCGGAGCCCCCAGCUUCCAAUCACCAGGAGGGCCUGUGUUCCUCUGAACGUGGGGGUGACUUAAAGAACACUUGGGUAGGAAGGAGAGGACAGUGCUGCCCCUCAGCCCUCUGACCUUCAGUUCAUCUCCAGGUCUUGGGAAGGGGAGACACUCCAGUGGGCUCCCUGGGGGCCUGGGGGUGGGGACCUAGGGCCGGGAUGGAGGCUGGGCCGCAGGACCGUCAGGGGGAUGGGCAGGGCUGCGGAAUAACGCCUAGGGUGCCUGGGCGGGAGGAGCCCCGGAUGCCUGCAGAGCCCGGCAGCCUGGGAAGCGGGCUUCGGACUCCGGCGUCUUUGAAGAGUUCUCUGGAAGUUGGGGAGGCGGGGCGAGCGGCGCUCUCCUGUCCUACCCGCGUGGGGCGCGGGAGUUGAGGAGGGACGGGUCGGCAGCGCGGUCCGGUGCGUCCCGCUGCGGUGACGCUCCAGCCGAUUCCCCGGUUGCAGCUCGGGGUCGGCAGGGCGCAGGCGCCUGGCGGAGGGCAGAGCGCGCGGGCACGAUGGAAGGGCUGGUCCUGCUCAAGGCCCUGGUCACCAGGCUGCUGUUCGUGCUGCACUCGCUGGUCGGGGUCUGGAGAGUGACCUGGGUGAAGGAAGAGCACCGCUACUGGCUCCUGGCCCUGCUCAACCUCCUGCUGCUCCUGGAGAUGGUGCUCACCCUUAAGUUCAAGCGUGGCAGAGGUUACAAAUGUAGCCAGAGCCAUACUGGCUAUGUGGAAACCGGCCUCGUGUGUGGUGAAGGACUGCUGAUUAAGGCUGACACAAGAGAAAAAAGUAAAAGACAGAGUGGCUGGGUAAAAACAGUCACAGAAAAACGAAGGGAGAGGAAAAAGGAUGAAGAGGAGGAACUGGAGAUGGAGGACGAGGAGGGCGAAGAGGAAGUGGAGGAGAAAGAAAAGGAGAGGAGAACUCACAGAGGUGGCAGAGAGGAGAAUCACGAAGAUGAGCUUGUCACCCUUGCCUGCUGGGCUCUUGAGCAUCUAGUGGAGGAAAGAUGCAGUGGGCACCAGUGGCUGGAAGAGACGGGACUUUGCAGUAUUAGAGCUGAGCAAAUAAGUAAUCUGGAGUACGGUGGUGCCAGUGGUGUCGGUGGUAAUGGUGGUGACAACAUUUUUAUCGCAAUUGUUCAAGUGAAGGUUCAAGAGAGGAAUCUCAGUUUCCAAGCCCUGGGCUUUGCAUCUGUGCAUGAUGCCUUAGCCUUUGCAUCCUCUGGGGCCUAUGGAACAGGAGACAGCACAUAUUGCAGUGCUCAGCCUGAGAGAACGGCACAGAACUUCAGCAGAAGAGGAGAUGUUAAUCAAACCCUGAUGUCCCACGGACACACCAGUGGAGUGGAGGACUUCAUCGAGCUGGCCAGAGGUUUUGUAAAUGACUUAUCCAUGGUAUGUGAACCAGUUUGGACUUUAGGACUCCAUCAAACACUACUGUUAAUACUAAUCAUUGGAAGAUGGCUUCUGCCGAUUGGAGGCACCAUCACCAGAGACCAACUCUCAGAACUUCUUCUAACCUUUGUGGGGACAGCUGCUGAUAUACUGGAAUUCACCACCGAGACUCUGAAGGAAAAUAAUGUCAGGACUAACCCUGCACUGGUCUCUGGUAUCCUUGUUAUAUGGACUUGGAGUAUGCUGCAGUUUCCACUCGACCUGGCAGUCCAGCUGAAACUGGUGUGUCCCUCGUCCGUGAAAGCCAGGGGCUUUCUCAGGCUGUUCCUGUGCCAGUACAGUGCGGAUCUGUGGAGCAUUGGCCUCAGCAUCUUCAUUCAAGAUGGUCCCUUCCUCAUCGUGCGCCUCAUACUGAUGACCUAUUUCAAAGUCAUCAACCACAUGCUGGUGUUCUUUGCGGUGAAGAAUUUCCUUGUGAUGGCAUUGCAUCUCUACCGUUUGGUGGCGCUGAUCUUGGCCACCCGUGCUUCCUUGCGUGAUCAGUCGGAAAGCUCCAAACCACAGCACGGUGGCCCUGACCAACCCCCUGAGAGUGGGCUCAGAGGAUGGGAGGGUAAGUCCAGGGAACACCUGUCUCUUCCUUUGCAAGCCUCACCUGUCACCUCUGAGGAGUCCUAUCCCACACCUUAGUUAUUCCCAUCCUUCAGCUGGGAGAUUUCACUUUCUUGUUCUUCCUACAGACAAGUUCCUUUUUGAUUUUUCUCCCUAAUCCUUACAUGCAACAAUCUCCAUAGAAACAAUGUGAAAAGAUGUCCCAUCAGAGCCGAGGUAUUGUCUUUAUUUUUUUCAUCUGAAGGGAAGGAACAUUGAUAAAUAGCUGUGGGACCACUAAGAUGGGUUCCCAUUGAACCCUCGUAGAGUCAGAGACAGGGUUUUAUAGCCUGCUCUCCAAAGAAUCAGAGCCAGCAAACUCUGCUGGUGGUUACUUGGAAAUACAGAAGCUUUUAACUGUUGGUCACACCGACCUCAGCAAUGUCCAUCUGGCAUCAAGGAUGUGCCUUGAGUGAAUGCAGUGGAGAGCAGGGUAAAAUGCCUUUAAAAUGACCUCAGCAUGAGCUAGAGGCCAGGAACAGCUCUGCCCAGCUUCCACAGCGCCCACAGUAGUAAUGGGAGCCACACAGGCCUUUUCAGGAACAUUAUUGUGUUAGUCACUUUUCUGUUGCUACGAUAGAAACACCAUGAACAAGGGAACUUAUAAAAGGAAGAGUGUAUUUAUCUUAUGGAGGCGUGGCAGCAGAGCUGGCCUGAGGAGGAGCAGAAGCUAAGCUCUCACAUCUUCAAGCAGGCACAGGAGCCAGAGAGUGACUGGAGAUCUGGAAAGGCUUAAGAACUCUCUAAGCCCACCCCAGUGAUGUGCUUCCUCCAGCAUGACCACAGCUUCUAAGACCUCCCUAAACAGAGCCACCAAGUGGGGACAAAAUGUUCAAAUACUUGGCACCUACGGGGGAUGUUCUCCUUCAAACCAGCACAAUUAAUUUUCUGGACCGAAGUGAUAUUCUGUCCUGGUGCGUAUGAUCUUACAGAAAUGUGAUGGCUUUAGGCUUGGCUCACACAAAAUACACAGCAGGGUCAUUGUGGCUACCCAUGGCAUGACAAGAAAUGUGGUGAAACACCCACAUGGACACAGUUUCCAUCAAGUAUGAUUGGCUGGGCCAUUUGAAUACCUUGUUACUUUUGCUAGGUUGUCAGAGUGUCUCAUGUGAUCAGGUGCCAAGGAGCAGCCAUGCAGUGAUGAAGGUGUUUGCAGCCCUAAGUGUUCCCAUGGUUUUUGGUGUCUCUGAGCAGCAGCAGCCGUACCGCAGAAGCACUGUUGCUGGGGUCAGCUGCCUUCCACACAGGGCGUGGUGGGUAGUGCCAGCCUCACACACCGGCCUCCAUCAGUGUUAAAAAUCACCACAUGCCUCGCCCUCCCAGAAAUCACUGUGGCGUCAUAUUCCAAGACUUGAAACAGCCCUCUUUAUGCAUCUCUGGACAUUCUGGGUGGAAAUGAUGCCCUAGCCUUUUAAAGCGACUUUUGCUUUUAAAUACAUGAUGUAAACAUAUACUUGGUUGUCUAGCAAAUAGUUCCAAACCUAUACUGUUAGGUUCUAGGCAUCAAUAGACUCAUGCUGAUACUCUCAGGGAUUCAGAGACAUCUGAUCAGGGUACUUCCUAAAUUGGAUAUAACCAUUAGCUAACCACUUGGGACAUUUUUAUCUAUGAAUGUCCAGUAUGGAAUGGUAUGGAUCCACAUCAUUGGAUAACAAGUUUUAUAGGCAAAUUCUAUUUUGUACUAAAUCAUGUCAGUUUUCUAGCAAAUUCCACUUCAUUUCUGCUUCUCAUUUCCACAAUGUUAUGUUUGUAAAAUGUGCAUGAAAGGAAAAGAAUAUUAUAACUUUCCAUAAUAAUUAUGUGCAAGUUAAGGUCAAGAAAUUGUAUUUACAUGCAGUAACAACUUGACAACUUUUAAAGUUAUCUCCUUUUAAAUGGUCAGCAAUAGGGGCUGGAGGGAUGACUCAGCAGUUAAGAGCUCUUGCAGAGGACAGGUCAGUUCCAAUCACCUAGGCAGCUCAUAACCACCUAUAAAUCCAUUUGGGGGGGAAUCUGAUGCCCUCUUGUGGUCUCUGUUGUCACUGCAUUCAUGUUCAUGCUCAUGCAUGCAUGCACGUGUACACACACACACACACACACACACUUGUUAAAAGAUAAAAAGCUCAGCACUGAAAAGCAAAAAAAGAAAUAACUGCUAUCUGUCAAGCCACCUCUGCAGAGUCUGCUGCUGGGCUCGCUGUUUUACGUUGAAAAUAUUUCCCCUGCAACAUGUAUGUGCAGAUCAUUACUGUGGAUUUGUUCCCAGCAUACUUUUCAUGUUUUAAUUUUUUUCCCAGAAAAACAAACACUAUGCCUCUAAAAAUAAAGUCUAAAAUAGUGCGGCUGUUGCAAGGAUAUUUUAAAGUGCUUUCAAAUCUGAGGCUUGGCAUGGUUUCAUGAAUGACUUUCUAGUGUUUAAAUAAAGUAUUUUGUAAUUAGCACUCCUCCUAAGGCCUGGGAAAGAAAAGACCUUGUCCAAAAUCUGAGUUAAUUUAGAAUACCAGGAAGUCAGAGAUCACCCAGUACCAGCUUGGUAAUUAAUGGUGGUCAAAAAUAGAUACAGUCUUCGAGGUUUUUCCGGGAAAAUCUGCUAAAGGCAGCAUUUACCCUAACGGCCACUAUUCUCAUCUCUUUAUACUGGCUG